CCCCAAGAUGGCGUCCGGGCGGGAGCGGAGCGGGGCGGCCGCGCCUGCGCCCGUCUCAGCGGUGCAUGCCGGGCGUCCUGCCCGCCGUGACGCUGCACAUCGCACCCGGCACCGCCACCGGGGCCCGCGGCCAUGGCGGGCGUCAAGGUGAUCGCCAACGACACCGAGUUCCAGCCCGAGCUGAGCGCCGCCGGCUCCCGCCUGGCCGUGGUCAAGUUCACCAUGAGGGGGUGUGGGCCUUGCUUGCGGAUCGCGCCCGCCUUCAGCGCCCUGAGCAACAAAUACCCGCAGGCAACAUUCCUGGAGGUGGAUGUGCACCAGUGCCAGGGCACGGCUGCCACCAACAACAUCUCGGCAACACCCACGUUCCUGUUCUUCCGGAACAAAGUGCGGAUUGACCAGUACCAGGGAGCAGACGCCGUGGGCUUGGAGGAUAAAAUCAAACAGCACCUGGAGAACGACCCCGGCAACAGCGAAGACACAGACAUCCCCAAAGGAUACAUGGAUCUGCUGCCCUUCAUCAACAAGGCCGGCUGCGAGUGCCUGAACGAGAGCGACGAGCACGGCUUCGAGAACUGUCUGCGCAAGGACUCCUCCUACCUGGAGUCCGACUGUGACGAGCAGCUGUUGAUCACAGUCGCUUUCAGCCAGCCUGUCAAGCUGUACUCCAUGAAACUUCAGGGCCCAGACAAUGGCCAAGGCCCCAAGCUGAUCAAGAUCUUCAUCAACCUGCCGCGCUCGAUGGACUUUGAGGAGGCGGAGCGCAGCGAGCCCACGCAGGCGCUGCAGCUGGGCCCCGAGGACAUCCGCGAGGACGGCAUCAUCCAGCUGCGCUACGUCAAGUUCCAGAACGUCAACAGCGUCACCGUCUGUUCCAGCCCAGGAUCCCGGGAUAAAUUGAUGGGAAUUGCGUUUCCCAGCUCCCGCCUUCCUUCUUCCCAAAACAACCGAUGGGAACGAGCGGGGAAAAGCUUUUAUUUGCCGUGGAUGAAAUUCCAGAAGUUUCCACGGAUUCUUUCCCGCUGCAGCUGUUCGUGCAGUCCAACCACGGCGACGAGGAGACGACGAUCAUCUCGUACUUCACCUUCAUCGGCACCCCGGUGCAGGCCACCAACAUGAACGACUUCAAGCGCGUAGUUGGGAAGAAAGGAGAGAGCCACUAGGAAGCAAAGGCUCCUCCCGCUCCGAGAUUCCCACUUUUCCGGCUCCUGGAUCACGGCUCGGCCCUCACAGGGACUCUCACUCGGAUUUCCCGCCAUUCCCAAUAAAUCAUCGCUUCCAGCUGGAAUCUUUUCCCUGGAUUUGUAAAUAAAAUUCCCGAUUUUUGCCAAGUGGAA